AAUGCGUCUUAUCCAUUUAAUCAUUUUAAUUAUUCUAUUAAUGAGUAUUUGCUCAAUGUCUGGACAGGCGGCUGCCGAGGACGGCACCCUUUCACGGGUUAAGCGUUUCAAAAAGUGGAAAAAACGUUCUUCCUCUUUUUCCUCUUCAAGCAGCCAGCGUGGGUAUUAUGGACGACGUCGUGGCUAUGGUCACGGAUAUGGAGGGGGAUAUGGGAAUGGAUAUGGAAAUCAUUAUGGAUAUAAAAAGAGAGGAAUGCUUGAACGAGUUGUGGACAAAAUAACUGGAAGAAGACAUUAUUGA